AUGGCUCAGCAGAAGCCUGGGCCCGAGAACUCGGACUCCCAGUCAUCUCAGUUACUUGAAAAUGAUCAUCCUCAGGCGCUGAACUCUGAGAUGGCCAAGGCAUUCCAAGAGCUUGCAAAAGGCGAAAGCACUGCAUCAGCCCUCGAAGCGAAGCUGGACGGUAUAGAAGACCGCAUUGACCAAUUACUAGCUAGUAUGGAAGGGGACUUGAAGCAAAAUACUAUGUCUUCAGGUGGCUCCCAGUCAACCUAG